GUCAGCCCGUGUAGCGGCUGAGGUCUUUUAAGCCUUAGUUGACCCGGUGUUGGGCAGGUCGUUUCACAUCUCUCACUGUCCGGGUGUUUUGUGUCCAACGUCCAGCAACCUAAGCCUGGUACCUUAACGAGCUUAAUCGCACAACCCUUCCAAACCCGAGCCCUGCAAACCUAACGCUAGCAGCGAUAAGGCUGCCUGACGACCAGGCCAGCACCGCCACUCGUUGUCAGCUGCGUCCCCUGCGUUAACCAACGGCCCACCUUAGCCGCACCGAUCAAGUCCUCCACUUAAACUCUCCUUUAACUCUCUGAACAAUCUGCACAAGCCCCAGCACAUCGUCAUCUCCCGAGAGACAACGACGUCGAAUUCAUUGCGCGCAUAACUUCGCUUCAGCCAUGGCCAACGACGAGUACGAUUUCCUAUUCAAAGUGGUGUUGAUUGGAGACUCUGGUGUUGGAAAGUCGAACCUUCUUAGUCGAUUCACGCGCAACGAGUUCAACCUAGAUUCCAAGUCAACCAUCGGCGUCGAGUUCGCCACGCGCUCCAUCCAGAUUGACAACAAGACAAUCAAGGCACAGAUUUGGGACACUGCGGGUCAGGAACGGUACCGCGCCAUUACCUCCGCCUACUACCGGGGUGCCGUUGGUGCUUUACUCGUUUACGACAUCAGCAAGAGCCUUUCGUUCGAGAACGUGACUCGAUGGCUGAAGGAGCUGCGUGACCACGCCGACAGCAACAUCGUUAUUAUGCUGGUGGGCAACAAGACCGAUCAGAGACACCUGAGAGCCGUUCCCACAGAGGAUGGCAAGAAUUUUGCGAGCGAGAAUGGCCUCUCGUUUAUUGAAACAUCAGCACUCGAAGCCACCAACGUCGACCUCGCAUUCCAAAACAUUCUGACUGCAAUCUACCAAAUUGUGUCGAGCAAGAGCCUGGAAGAGGGGUCAGAUGUCGCAAAGAAGUUUGAACAUAGGGAAGGCGGAAAUAUCUCUCUCAGCGAGGAGAAGACGCAGGCGGAGUCCAAGGGCUGUUGUUGAUCACUUCGGCAUGAUUGCAUGGCGUCACGUAUGUCUGGCACGAACGGGGAUUCUUAUGGAAUGCGGCGCCGGAUUUGUUAACCUUGGGACGUUUGAGGAUGACUUCCUUGAGGUGUUUAUUCGAUCUUUCUUUUGUUCAACCGAGGUGCUUUACCAUGAUGGAUGUUAGGAUUUUACAGCGGUUUGUGACCACUACUGGUGCAUGGCUUACAUUACGAGGCAGUUCGUUGACUGGACGGAAUAAUACCUCACUUUCACUAUGGCGCACAGCUGUCAUGACAUAGCUAAGGUAAUCUUGGAGGCUGUGAUUGUACUAGCGCAUCUCGAGUCGAGUACCACAGUAGAUGGGCCUCGAUUGAAACUACCUCGGGCCGGGCCCUGCGGUCUCGCCCAGACUCUGUUCCUCACUGAAUACUGGUCGCGACCCAAAACAGACCAUUGGGCGGAGGUCACAGUCAAGAGCCUCGGAUUAGAUCUAGUGCGACGGCAUCGCCA